AGCAGAGUGGAGGAAAGCCAGCCCCACUGCCGCGUCACGUCAGGUCCCGUACACACUGGUGCCUCAAAACGUUUGGAGAAACACCGAGCUUCCUCAAAAGUCGAGUCUUGCUUUGGGUAGCGCUUCAGUCUGGAGAUGGCGAUGGUGCUUGAGGUUUGGUGAAAACAAUGGUCUGAUCCUCAGCGUUGGUGGAAGCAGGGAGCCUGAAAGGGCAGUCAGGUGUCCUGAAUGAUGAAUCCCACUUGAUCAUCGAGUAACCUAUUGGUAUAGUGAAUGGUAGUGUCUAGAAAGGGUAUGUCCCUUCAGGAGAGAGGUGCCAAUGUCCAACCGGCCUAAUUCCAAUCCAGGGGGGUCACUGCGCCGUUCACAGAGGAACACUGCUGCGGCCCAGCCACAAGACCACACAGUCGCGGGAAGGUUGCAGUCAGAGCAGGUAAAACAUAAAGCAAAUUCCCCACCUGAAAGUAGAAGACCUAAUUCUAAGGCUUCCAAAGCCACAGCCAGCUCAGCCACUGGCCAGUCCAGAGGGCACAGCUCAAGAAGCAGAAGCGGUCUUACUCUGUCCGUGGCUUCAUUUGUGUUGCAAGACGAACCAGAGGCUGCAGGGACAUCUGAACAAGAGCGACCAGGCCACCAGUCAAAAAGUGAAGGCACCCGAGGGCUGAAGCGAAGCGAAGCUCCUGACCAAAUUAGUACCUUCGGACCGACCCCUGCCAAGAAGCCCAAAUCGCUCCCACCACCCAGAGACAAUACCUCAGAGACCAAGAAAGGCCCAGCUAAGUCAAAGAAGCGAUCACUUGUUUCAGAACCACCUGCAUCGUCAGGUCGAGGCCAGAGCAAGAAGAGCGGGGCCGCUGGGGCCUCACCAAUCCAGAAACGGAAGAAAGCGGACUCACUCCCCGGUCUUAGUAGCACCGCUGGGUCCCUCCCCAAUCGUACCGAGGGCAGGACUGCAAAACCCACCAAGCUGGCGUCUAAAUCGGCCGCCUCAGCCAAAGCUGGGUGUAGCAACGUGACGGACUCCUCCUCCUCUGCCUCCACCUCUUCCUCUUCCUCCACCACAGGCACCAACAGUACCACCACGCAGGGCGCUCGAGUCAAACAGGGAAAAGAUCAGACCAAGGCACGACGCUCUCGCUCAGCCUCUAGCCCCUCCCCACGCCGCAGUACCCGUGACAAGGAGCAGGCCAAAGCCGCCAGCUCUUCAAAGUUUGAGUGGGCAGCACGCUUUAACCCCAAAGUCAACCUGCCAAAACCCAAACUGUCCUUGCCUGGAUCCUCCAAAACUGAGACCUCCAAACCUGGGCCUUCAGGAUUACAAGCUAAACUAGCAAGUUUGAGAAAAUCCACUAAGAAGCGCAGCGAGUCUCCUCCAGCAGAGCUCCCCAGCUUUCGGCGGAGCACACGCCAGAAGACCACGGGCUCCUGUGCCAGCACCAGUCGGCGGGGCUCAGGCCUGGGCAAGCGCGGGGCAGCCGACGCUCGCCGACAGGAGAAAAUGGCCGACUCCGACAACAACCAGGAUGGGGCCAACUCGUCAGCCGCUCGCACUGAUGAGGCAUCACAAGGGGCUUCCGCUUCAAGCUCAGUUGCUGGAGCAGUGGGCAUGACCACCUCUGGAGAGAGUGAGUCUGAUGACUCUGAAAUGGGAAGGCUUCAAGCCCUAUUGGAAGCCAGGGGUCUCCCCCCACAUCUUUUUGGGCCCCUGGGGCCCCGCAUGUCCCAGCUGUUCCACAGGACCAUUGGCAGUGGAGCAAGCUCCAAGGCUCAGCAGCUAUUACAAGGCCUGCAGGCCACAGGUGACGAGUCUCAACAGCUCCAGGCUGCCAUUGAGAUGUGCCAGCUGCUGGUGAUGGGCAACGAGGAAACACUUGGUGGAUUCCCUGUGAAGAGUGUGGUGCCUGCUUUGAUUACACUGUUACAAAUGGAGCAUAACUUUGAUAUUAUGAAUCAUGCCUCUCGUGCACUCACGUAUAUGAUGGAGGCACUCCCUCGAUCCUCUGCUGUGGUGGUCGAUGCUAUUCCUGUCUUCCUGGAGAAGCUUCAGGUUAUCCAGUUCAUUGACGUAGCAGAGCAGGCCCUGACUGCCCUGGAGAUGUUGUCAAGGCGACACAGCAAAGCCAUUUUACAAGCUGGUGGACUCGCAGACUGCCUCCUCUACCUAGAGUUCUUCAGCAUCAAUGCUCAGAGGAACGCUUUGGCCAUUGCAGCCAACUGCUGCCAGAGCAUUACUCCAGAUGAGUUCCACUUUGUUGCUGAUUCGCUGCCGCUGCUGACUCAGAGACUGACACACCAGGAUAAAAAAUCAGUGGAAAGCACUUGCCUCUGUUUCGCCAGACUGGUGGACAACUUUCAACAUGAGGAGAACCUGCUGCAGGAGGUGGCAUCACGGGACCUGUUGACCAACAUUCAGCAGCUACUGGUAGUCACUCCUCCUGUGCUCAGCUCGGGGAUGUUUAUCAUGGUUGUGCGUAUGUUUUCCUUGAUGUGCUCUAACUGCCCCUGCCUGGCAGUCCAGCUCAUGAAACAGAACAUAGCAGAAACUCUGCGCUUCCUCUUGUGUGGUGCAUCAAAUGGCAGCUGCCAGGAGCAGAUUGAACUGGUACCCCGGAGCCCCCAGGAGCUCUACGAACUGACCUCCCUCAUAUGUGAGCUGAUGCCCUGCUUGCCUAGAGAGGGCAUCUUUUCAGUUGAUGUAAUGCUCAAGAAGGGCAGUGCCCAGACAACAGAAGGAGCAAUAUGGCAGUGGAGAGACGACCGAGGACUGUGGCACCCUUAUAACCGCAUUGACAGCCGCAUCAUUGAGACAGCACACCAGAACGGGGAGGAUGAGAUCAGCUUGUCGACCCUGGGCCGUGUGUACACAAUUGACUUUAACUCUAUGCAGCAGAUCAAUGAAGACACAGGAACAGCACGUGGUAUCCAGAGGAAGCCGAAUCCUCUUGCCAACCCUAAUACAGGGAGUCACCAGGAGGUCCGUCGAGAAGACGCACGAGCCCAGUUGAUGAAGGAGGACCCUGAGCUGGCAAAGUGCUUUAUCAAAACUCUGUUCGGGGUCUUGUAUGAGGUGUACAGCUCAUCGGCCGGCCCUGCUGUCAGACACAAGUGCCUUAGAGCCAUCCUCAGGAUCAUCUACUUUGCUGAUGCAGAGCUGUUAAAGGAUGUGCUGAGGAACCAUGCUGUGUCCAGUCACAUUGCCUCCAUGCUAUCCAGCCAGGACCUGAAGAUUGUAGUGGGUUCUCUGCAGAUGGCUGAGAUCCUCAUGCAGAAGCUGCCUGAUGUCUUCAGUGUCUAUUUCAGAAGAGAAGGUGUCAUGCACCAGGUGAAGAACCUCUCAGAGUCCGAGAGCUUUCUGGUCACCAGUCCCCCAAAGGCUUGCCCCAGUGGCACUGCCAGUUUGUGCAAUACCACCAUCAGCACUGCAUCCACCACAUCUGCUAACAAUGCAACUCCUGAUCUGGGCUCACCCAGCUUCCAGCACAGCAUGGACGACUCACUAGACCUCAGCCCGCAGGGGCGGUUAAGUGAUGUCCUAAAGAGGAAACGGUUACCUAAAAGAGGGCCCAGAAGGCCCAAGUACUCUCCCCCAAGAGAUGAUGAUAAAGUAGACAAUCAGGCCAAGAGCCCUACCAGUACUCAGUCACCCAAAUCAUCGUUCUUGGCCAGUCUUAAUCCCAAAACCUGGGGUAAGCUGGGUGCCCAGACCAACAAUGCCAACUCAGAGCCCUCACGCACGGCGGGGGUGAGUGGCCUGGCAAGGGCGCCUCCCAAGGACUCAAUUUCAAAUAACAGAGACAAAAUAAAAGCCUGGAUCAAAGAACAGGCAAGUAAGUUUGUGGAGCGCUACUUCAACUCUGAAAAUGUGGAUGGCAGUAACCCUGCACUGAAUGUACUCCAGAGACUUUGCACAGCCACAGAGCAGCUCAACCUGCAGGUGGACGGUGGUAUGGAGUGCUUGGUGGAGAUCUCCAGUAUUGUAUCAGAAUCUGAUGUGUCGUCUUUUGAGAUCCAACACAGCGGGCUGGUGAAGCAGCUCCUGGUCUACCUAACCUCCAACAACGACAGGGACUUGCUCAGCCGCGAUGUGCGGCUCAAGAGGUUUCUCCAUGUGUUCGCUGGCUGUCCGGUUCCAGGAAUGGAGCCUGUAGGUCGUCUGGACCCAACAGAGAAUGGGCCGUACCUGGCACUUGUGCACAAAAUGAACAGCUGCCUGAGCCAAAUGGAGCAGUUUCCUGUCAAAGUGCAUGAUUUCCCCAGUGGUAAUGGCAAUGGCAGCAGGGGCUCUCAGGCACUGAAGUUCUUCAACACACAUCAGCUCAAAUGUCAGCUGCAGAGACAUCCAGAUUGCACUAAUGUUAAACAGUGGAAAGGCGGCCCUGUAAAGAUAGACCCCCUGGCCCUGGUGCAAGCCAUAGAGCGGUAUCUUGUUGUCAGAGGGUACGGCCGAAUAAGAGAAGAAGAUGAGGACAGUGAUGACGACGGUUCAGAUGACGAAAUCGAUGAAUCACUGGCGGCACAGUUCCUGAACUCUGGCAGUGUACGUCACAGACUACAAUUUUACAUUGGUGACCACCUGCUACCGUACAACAUGACGGUGUACCAGGCUGUGCGGCAGUAUAGUCUUCAGGCAGAGGAAGAAAGAGAGUCGACAGACGAUGAGGCAAACCCACUUGGGCGAGCUGGCAUUUGGACCAAAACGCACACAAUAUGGUAUAAGCCUGUGAGAGAGGACGAGGAUGGCAGCAAAGAUGCUGUGGGUGGAAAGAGGGGCCGAGCCCAGACUGCUCCCACCAAAACUUCACCUCGCAACGCCAAGAAGCAGGAUGAGCUGUGGCAUGAUGGUGUGUGUCCCAGUGUCACCAAUCCCCUAGAGACAUACCUCACUUCGGAGCCACCAGAGACCAUAACCUUUGAUGACCCCUCUUUAGAGGUCAACCUGCUGCUGAGGGUCCUGCACUCCAUCAGUAGAUACUGGUUCUACUUGUAUGAAAAUGCUGCGUGUAAGGAAGUCAUCUCGACCAGUGAGUUCAUUAACAGUAAGCUGACAGCCAAAGCAAACCGUCAGCUACAAGACCCGCUGGUCAUCAUGACGGGGAACAUCCCCACUUGGCUCAUUGAGCUUGGAAAGACCUGUCCUUUCUUCUUCCCCUUUGACACCCGGCAGAUGUUAUUCUAUGUAACUGCCUUUGAUCGUGACAGAGCCAUGCAACGCCUACUGGACACAAAUCCUGAAAUCAACCAGUCAGAUUCUCAGGACAGCAGAGUUGCACCACGUCUUGACAGGAAGAAGAGGACAAUAAACCGUGAUGAGCUGCUAAAACAGGCUGAGUCUGUGAUGCAGGACCUGGGCAGCUCGAGGGCAAUGUUGGAGAUUCAGUAUGAGAACGAGGUUGGUACAGGUCUUGGCCCGACUCUGGAGUUCUACGCUCUGGUGUCACAGGAGCUCCAGCGGGCUGAUCUGGGCCUGUGGAGGGGCGAAGAGGUCACGCUGGCCAAUCCUAAAGGAAGCCAAGAGGGAACCAAGUACAUGUUCAGCUCCAGAGGACUGUUUGCUGUUCCCUUCGGCAGGACAACCAAACCAGCACACAUAGCCAAAAUCAAAAUGAAGUUCCGUUUCUUAGGAAAGCUAAUGGCCAAAGCCAUUAUGGACUUCAGAUUGCUGGACCUGCCCCUGGGGCUGCCAUUUUAUAAGUGGAUGCUCCGGCACGAGAUGUCUAUAAGCUCCCAUGACCUGGUGAACAUUGACCCCGGUGUGGCAAAGUCCAUCCAGCACCUGGAGGAUAUUAUCCGUCAGAAGAAGAGGCUGGAACAGGACCGAUCACAGACGAGGGAGACCCUACAGCAGGCACUGGAGAGCCUGAACAUGAACGGCUGCUCAGUGGAGGACCUGGGUUUGGACUUCACCCUUCCAGGAUUCCCCAACAUUGAGCUGAAAAAGGGCGGCAAAGACGUCCCAGUCACGAUCUACAACCUGGAGGAGUACCUCAGGUUGGUGGUGUACUGGACUCUAAAUGAAGGAGUGUCCAGACAGUUUGAGUCAUUUAGGGAAGGGUUCGAGUCAGUCUUCCCCUUGCAUCACCUGCAGUAUUUCUAUCCAGAGGAGCUGGACCAGUUGCUGUGUGGCAGUAAAUCAGAGACGUGGGACGUCAAGACGCUGAUGGAGUGCUGUCGACCGGACCACGGCUACACACAUGACAGUCGUGCUGUACGGUUCCUGUUUGAGGUGUUGAGCAGCUUCGACGCCGAGCAGCAGAGACUCUUUCUGCAGUUUGUCACAGGGAGCCCCAGACUGCCCGUCGGUGGUUUCCGGAGCCUGAACCCCCCUCUGACGAUUGUGAGGAAAACGUUCGAGUCGACGGAGAACCCGGACGACUUCCUCCCAUCAGUCAUGACCUGUGUCAACUACCUGAAGCUGCCUGACUACUCAAGCAUAGAGAUCAUGCGAGAGAAACUGUUGAUCGCGGCCCGCGAGGGCCAGCAGUCUUUCCACCUUUCCUGAUCUCUCCACAUCUCACAUUCAAAUGCCUUCUACAGCGACUGAUGAAACAUGACUUCCUUCUUAGUUUUUUUGUAACCACAUACAUCAAGGCUACAUGUACAGCCUUCUUGUUAGAGAAAGCAGCUUGCAGAAAAAUUAAGACUUUAAAUAUAUAUUUGCUGCCCCGGUCUCUCAAAAAAAAAGUAUAAAAAAAUAAAAAAUGGAAAGGUGUUCCAUGACUCACAGAAGUUAAAAUAUAAAAAAAGAGAGAGUAAAACUUAUAUCAGUAGUUGAGUAAUGUUAAAAAAAGAUGAAAACAUCUGGGUGACAUUUUAAAUUGCAUUGCUAUGUGAUAUUUAAAAAAGGGAUGUCUCCUCUUCAGAGUGGUGGACAAUGUCACUGGGUGUUGGGGAGGGCGGGGGGGAGGGGGGGUUCCAUCGAGCAAGCUAGGUUUACUUUAGCUCCAAAGAUCAUUUGUACAGACAAAUUUGCAGACUUUGCUCAUUCUACACAUUUGAUAGAAUAGCUCUUUGUUCUCAUGUCUCUUCCCCUCAGUUCGUCUGUUUGCAUUUCGUUCUGUAUUAUAUUGGCCCCAGUUUGUGUGUUGCAUUUUGGUUCGGCUUUCCCCCCCCCACGUGUGUCUUUGCUUCAAGUUGUGGAAAACGAGAGUUGCAGUUGGUUGAAUGCGGGUAGUGAUGAGCGCAUAUUAUCUUUUUUUUCUUACCCCUCUACCUAAGUUGAGAUUGUGUUCUGGCCUCCUUUAUUAUAGAGAGCUUUAGCUCAAAAUGAAGAGAUGUAACCAAUGUGUUGAUCAGGUAAAUUUUGUUUUGCUCUUAUUUUGAUAGAGUUAGCGUCUUUCUGUUGGGCCCUACCUGAUGUGUAGGGUUAUCUUGGUAGACCAAGCUCUGAGCAACCCUCAACACAUAAUGUAGCUGGGCACAAAAUUUGGCUGGUCUCAUUUUAUCGUUUCAUGGCCAGAUAGCAUUUCAAGUUCAUUUAUGGAAUAAAGUUUAUAUGCAGUUUCACACCCUGUUUGAGGUGGGAAUGUCUGCUUUACUUUUUUUUUUUUUUUUUUUUUUAAAUUUUCUAUAUUGUCUUUAUUUCUUGCUGUAGUUGAUUAUUAUUAUUUUUUUCUUUGCACUGCUGGCUUGGAACAAACCGUGGUGUGCACCUGCAGUCUGUGGCCAGGGGAGGGCGCCACUGUAUGUUCUCCUGGCCCAAUCGUUCAUGUGCUGGUUUCUAAGAUCUGCAAUAAUUUACUGCAUCAGGUUCAUGUUUUUACCUGAACAUAAAUAAAGUAACUGUUUGACUCA